AUGCAUCAGUCAAAGCUCUGUGCUACUCAUUGCUUGCCUCAAAAUCGACUUCUUAAGGAUGAUGGAACACCAUUUGGCAAUCAUGAGUUGUACAGAAGCAUAGUGGGAGAAUUACAAUAUCUUACUUUCACAAGACCUGACAUUGCAUUCUCUGUGCAUCAGGUUUGUCAGUUCAUGCAUUGUCCUAUAGAGUCACAUUACUUGGCUGUAAAAAGGAUAUUACGAUAUCUUAAGGGGACUCAACAUUAUGGUAUUCAAUAUAUGAAAGGAAAGUUGGAGUUAAAUGCAUUUAGUGAUGCUGACUGGGCAGGGGAUCCCAAUAACAGAAGAUCCACAACUAGAUUGGUUGCUUUCUUGGGGAACAAUCCAAUAUUGUGGUCAUCAAAGAAGCAAAACACAGUAUCUCGUUCAUCUAUUGAAGCUAAGUAUAGAGCAAUUGCUACAACAACUGCUGAGAUCAACUAG